CCUUGGGAUAAAAUCGUCAUACACAGGGGCCGCUUUCCACGUGUCACGGUUUUUCCUUGUAGACUUGGAGUUCGUUUGCUUUUUUUCAAGUCUAUAAAAGCAUACAAAGUCCAGAACCAUUCCUUGUGUUGCUUGACAUCUCCAUGCCCUACAGUUUGGAUCUCGACAGAUCAUAUCUACCCACCAGAAAUGGCAACCUUAUACUAUCCUUCCCCAUCCAGCAUUGCUAUGGAUGGUUCUAUCAACAGUUCUCCGCUACAAACACUGCAGCCACCUAUCUUGAAUACCGAACUACCAUGGCUGUCUCCUUUCACUCCGUCCAAAAGCGAGAAAGAUUUUCUUUUGGGAAAGCCAUUUGAGAAACAACAUCCGACAAUGGCCAAGAUGCCAGCUCGAGAUCAAACUCCUGUAUCGCCAGAACGACCAGCUCAACGGACUCGUCGAUCCUCGACCAAAUCCAGAAAACAAAGCGAGGACAUCAGCCCUGAAAGAGCUAAGCACCUUGAGCGGAAUCGCGUUUCCGCCAACAAAUGCCGAAUGAAGAAGAAGAAGGAGCACGCAAGGAUGGAGAGCGUGUUGAACACCGAAGCAGCCAAGCGCGAUUCCUUGCUAUCCGAAGUGGGCCUCUUGAAGGACGAAUUGUGGUACCUCAAAAACAUGAUCUUCGAACACGCCAAAUGCGAGCAUCAAAGUAUCAACAUCCAGCUGGCCAAGAUGACGCAGACCGUCCUUGAAAACAGUUCAGGGCGGCUGAAAAGCCCCUCGCCAACCGUUUCAUCGUCUACAUGGUCCGAUGGGUCGAUCCUGGAGGAACCAGGGGUGCGGAAACACCCACUUACGCUUCCCGUAGGACCUGUUGGCUACGGGGGAUGUCCUGAAUCGAUGUUUGAUAGUUUCAUUGAUCUGCCGGCCCUGUAAGUGGUCUUUCGUCGGGUCCAUGUACGUCUAUUCCAUGCCGAUUAUGUAUGUAUUAGCGCGCGAUUCAUUUUUAUCGAACUCAUGAGGAACGUUACACGACAGCAUUGA